AGGCACGUGAUUUGGACCUGACACUUCGGAACCGAGAUUGGAUGCAUCCAUGAGGUCUGGAGGUAAAGUCAAUCUUCGCCAGAGUACUCAAGGACAGGACUGGCAAGCAUGUCAGGGGCCAAGCCAGAUGAGGAGGUGAUGGAUCAGAUCAAGAAGAGACUUCUUGAGACGGGAGAUUGGGAACGCAUAUCUCGCGCCUUGCGUGCACAGCUCGAAGAGGCAGGAUGGGAGGACGAACUGAAGGACUUGGCUAAAGAACGUGUCCGAGCCCAGUCGACACCGAGUCUUCAGGCAUUGCUCGAGGAGAUCUCCGCUCAAGCCAACAAAAUGAUCCCACCGCACAUCCAGAAAGCAGUGCAGCAAGAAAUCGAAGCUGCUUUGGAGAGAGAAGUCGAGCCAGCUUAAAGCACGGGAAACCCACAUUGUUGUAUGUAGCAUAUUCUUCUUUCGGA